ACACAUCCACUGCUUCUUCCUCCACAGUUGCUACAACACCAACGAAUACAAAAGAUUCUUUAACAAAAAAUGCAAAAGGCGAUUCUAAUCAAAAAGAUUCUAGUGAUGAUGAAUCAUCAAAGCAUUCUGAUGAUUCACAGUCAGUUGUGAAUAACAAUCGUGAUGGAAAAACAAGUGAUCAAAAUGAAAGUGACGAAGAAGAGCAGAAUGAACGAGAAGUAACAACAGCGACUACGUCUGCAGUUAGAAGGUCUGGUUCAAAAAAUCAAGCUAGGUCAACGGGGGCAACAACAUCCAAUAAUGAAGAAGAUACAUUUCUAGAAAAAUUUCAACAACAACAACGAAAACGUGAAAAAUUAGAAACAAAAGCAAAAAUUAGUCAUCGCGUAUUUUGUCCAUUUUUUCCAGAGAUUAAACAAGAAUGUUGGUGGCUCUAUGUUGCUGAUAGAAAACAUCAUACUUUAAUAAGUGCGCCAGUUUAUCUUUGUACAUUAAAAGAUGAAGAAGAAGUAAGUUAUAUGACGAAUCAACUGGCACCAUGUGAUUCGUCUUACGUAGGUUAA